AUGGGCUCAGGCGGCCAGUCCCAGGAUGACUCCGCCCACCAUUCCGGUGGCCUCAAGCCCCGCCCGCCCCCUUGUGGCCAGGCGGCAGUGAGUUGCUGGAGAAUAUUCCAGAAGAAGCCCAGCGCGCCCGGAAGGGGGCAGUGCGGAGCCCAGCAGAUUCGCGUCGGUGGCCUAGUAAAGAGGACCAAGCCUGAGUCGACCACAGCCAGCGUAGGGACAGAAGGGCCAGUAAGGACUGAGUGGGGCUGGGUCAUUGGAGUUGAGUGGGGCGUCUGCGGGACCGAGUUAAGGGGGGCACUGGCUGCGAGGGGGCGCACUGAGAGCAUGGCACUCCUCCUAAUCCUGGUCCUGUUCCUGGAUCUCGCGAAGUCGGAAACCAAUGUCACCAUAUCUGAGCGGCAAAACGCACUGAACUGUCAUGUUUGCGAGAGAGAAAAUACUUUCGUAUGUACUAACCCUGUGAAAUGUGAAAACGCAGACAGAUACUGUGUUGUUGCUGCCACGAAAAUAUUUGCACGUUUCUUUAUCAUGUCAAAGCAGUGUUCGCAGUACUGCCCAGUCGUUGAAAUGCCUGCUCCAUCUCUCCAGAGGUUCAUCCUUUUGAAACCCACAGCCUUCCUAUACGCCAAGUGUUGUGAAGAUUCCUUGUGCAAUGAGUAUGGGCCAGAGAUAAACGAAACUGCCUUCAGGGAGAUGGUUGAGUCUUCCAGUACCACACAGGGCAGUAGGGCUGGACUGGCCAUGUGCCUGAUGCUGGCCUCUGUUGUCUUGAGCCUGAGCCUGUCGUGA